AUGGACGCUCGAUCUGCAGCAGGUUCGCGGGCGCAGUCCCGUAAUGGAGCUGAGAGUAAUGCCCAGUCCUCCGGCUCCCUAACUCCUAAUGUGUCCUCAUCAGGACCACCCAAAGUUCAGCAGCCAAAACCACAAGUACUUCCCAACCGGUCUGGGCCUUCCGCGAUUCUUGUUUCUCCGCGACAAAAAGGCAAUCCUAUUCUGAACCACAUCAAGCUUGUACCUUGGGAAUAUACCGAGACCCCCGCUGACUAUGUGAUCGGAAUGACGACAUGCGCCUUGUUUUUAUCUCUGAAAUAUCACCGGCUACACCCCGAAUACGUUUACUCGCGAAUCCGCCUCCUCGCUGGCAAAUACAACCUACGAAUUGUACUGGUAAUGGUUGACAUUCCCAAUCACGAGGAAGUACUCAAAGAGCUUUCCAAGACUUCUUUGGUCAACAAUCUCACCCUGAUCCUUUGCUGGUCCGCACCCGAAGCCGCUCACUAUCUCGAACUGUUCAAGUCGUCUGAAUUCGCACAACCUACGGCGAUCCGCACACAGCAAGCCCAGUCAUACAAGGAGUCCUUGGUGGAGUUUGUUACCACACCGCGCAGUAUCAAUAAAUCGGACGCUGCAAGUUUGAUAUCUACAUUUGGGAGCUUGCAGAAUGCCGUGAAUGCCCAACCGGAACAGAUCAACUCUGUCCCUGGCUGGGGUGAGAAAAAGGUCCAACAAUGGUGCAGUGCGGUGAGAGAGGACUUCAGAGUAGAGUCUACCAAGAAGGCUACUGCUCCUCAACCUCAAACCCAAGUCAAAACUCCAAGGAUUGCGAGGCCUGCAAGUCGGCCACGACAGGCCGAAAUGGAUGAGGACGAGGAAAUCCUACGCGCUGUGCUAGCCGAGAGCCGUGAAACAGCAGCGUUAGAGGCAGCAGCAAACGAGAGUCACUCAAAACCAAGUGAACCCACCGAAGAACUGAGUGACGGUAUCAUGGCUGCUCUAGCCAAGUUGCGGGAUACCAACGGAUGA